AGGAAAUAAUCUGGAAUUUCCAAUAAGAUGUCCAGACGAAGCAGCCGUUUGCAAGCUAAACAGCAUCAGCCAUGCCAGGACACAUCUCCAGAAGAGCUGCAAGUCCCAUUGUCACUUCAGAACAGAAAAAGGAAAUCAAUGCAGGAUUCCAAGAUAGAUGAAGAAAAUGUGGGAUAUCAAUAUGAAAUUAAGAGUUGUUGGCCAUCCACAAUAUCAGGCGGUGUAUCUCCUUGCAUAAUAAUAGAAACUCCACACAAAGAAAGUACAACCACAGACUUUUCCAGAUUCAAAAAAUACAGAUUUAGAAAUCUCUUCAUAAAUCCAUCACCUUUACCGGAUCUUAGUUGGGGAAGUUCUAGAGAUAUUUGGUUCAACAUUCUCAAAAAAGAAAACAAAUAUUCUCACUGCAAGCAUUUCACGUCGCUACACUCAAAUCUACAGCCACAUAUGAGAUCGGUCCUGCUGGAUUGGCUUCUAGAGGUUUGUGAAGUAUACACACUUCAUAGGGAAACCUUCUAUUUGGCCCAAGACUUUUUUGAUAGAUUCAUGUUGACUCAGAAGGACAUAAAUAAAACCAUGCUUCAACUUAUAGGAAUUACAACCCUGUUCAUUGCUUCCAAGCUUGAGGAGAUAUAUGCUCCUAAACUGCAGGAGUUUGCCUAUGUUACUGAUGGUGCUUGCAGUGAAGAUGACAUUAUAAGGAUGGAACUAAUUAUACUAAAGGCUCUUAAGUGGGAGUUGUGCCCAGUGACGAUAAUCUCCUGGCUGAACCUUUAUCUUCAAGUGGAUGCAGUGAAGGAUGCUCCCAAAGUGCUGCUACCUCAAUAUUCUCAGGACAAAUUUAUUGAAAUAGCACAGCUUUUAGAUCUCUGUAUUCUAGAUGUCAAUUCUCUGGAUUUCCAGUAUAGGAUAUUAGCAGCUGCUGCCCUCUGCUAUCAUACCUCAGAACUAGUAGUAAAGAAGGCUUCAGGAUUGGAUUGGGCUAAUAUUGCAGUAUGUGUAGAGUGGAUGGAGCCAUUUUUCAAAGUAGCAAAAAAAAUACCAGUGAAAUUGAAAAAUUUCAAGAAGAUUGCGGUGGAAGAUAGACAUAACAUACAAACCCAUACAAACUAUUUGGAUAUGUUGGAUGAAAUUAACUAUGAAGUAGCAGUACCCAAUCAGCUAUCACCGAUAUCUACGGGAGGAAUAAUAACUCCUCCAAAGAGCUCUGAAAAGUGAAAAUGCUAUAUGUGUGAAGACUGGGAUCUUUGUUAAGACUGAAUAUACACACAGUUGUUACACUUGAUGUGGCUGACAAGACUAUCAAGAUGCAACCGAAGGACGUUUCUCAUGCAGCUGGCCUGGAUCUUUUACAUUUGAAGCCCAAUGAGGCCUAGAGAAAUGGAUUUCUUCUGAUUAACAAAAUUCAUAAUUAACUAUGGAUUUUUAACUUAAAAACUUUCUUAAGCAACUUUUAAUUUUUUUAACAGAUGCAAAUGAAUUUGUCAAAUUUAGUUAUUUGUGAAUUUAAUAGUCCUUUUUUGCCAAUUGUUUAUUGGUGUAUGCUGGUUUUGCAUAGGAUAAAAUAUUAUUCUGACCUGUGGUGAUAAAACAUUGAGUGAGGCAGUCUGAAUGAAAGGACUACAAAGUGAGUCACUUUUCAGCUUG